GUGCAACUUCGCUAACUGUUAACUGCAAUAUUGCUGCUUUUUUCAAUACCCUCAUUUAAAUACCCUCACCUCGGUUGUCGCGUGCUUACCUGACCGUCAUAAAGUUUAAUCAUCCCUGGUUUCCAAUUCGCCUAUUCAUACUAUUCACACUAUUCAUAGAUAUAUCGACGGAUCGUAUUCAAAUUACAAUGUCGGCGACUAUCUAUACCUACUCAUUCCUACUAAGAUGAAUUUACCAACAACAGCGCCAAUAAGCAUCCAUAACAGCAGCAACGUUAACGGCGGCCAUGCCUCUCGUGUUCAGCAUCAUCAUAUAUCGCAACUCUCACCAUGAACACGUCUAAUCAUUCUAAUGAGACCAAUAAGGGUCGCGACAUAUUUCUUCCACCAUCUGAUCCCGAAUUAAUAUCUAAAAUCCCAAGAAUUCUUCCACAUGAACGCGUUUUCCCUAUCCAGAUAGGAACUGAACUCUUCAAGCUUUCCGGGGCCUCCCUCUCUUCUGAUGCUCCUUCUUAUUUCUCUCGGUAUUUUCAGUGCCAACUCGCAAGAGCUGAAGAGGCCGGUGAAGAUAUAUCAACGGCAAUACGUACACUUUACAUAGACCGGGAUCCUGUUACCUUUAAGGACAUAUCCCUUCAUUUACAAGGUUAUCAUGUCACCCCGCGUGAUGGAACGCACUUCGUGCGCCUUUUCGCCGACGCUCAGUUCUAUACCUUACCUAAGCUGAUGUCUCAGCUCUAUGAAGAGUCCAUCUUCAUUUCUAUAGGACAUCGCGAAUUCCAAAUUCCGCGCGACAUUUUUAGCGGUCCUGGAAACUCGCCUAAUUUCUUUUCUUUGGGCUUUGGCGUUUUCUUUUCAUCACGCGAUGAGCUAUUUCCCGGGCUAGAUAAGGAGAAUCUCAUCCGCCCGCCUUCUAUUAUGCCGCCUUGCGUGCCAAACAAGUCAGCGGAUAUCUUUUAUGAGCUACUACACCUAUUGCGCGGAUACCCCGUACAUAUACGGGAUGAGGAACAUCGCGCCUCAUUGCUCCGCGAUUGUCGUUACUUCAACUUUAAGGGGUUGGAACAGAAGCUGAUCCCGCAUCAUAUAAGCUAUAAUCUAGCUCGGCGGCGACACGAAAUUACUCUUAGACUCGAAGAUCUCCUAAAAUCGGGUAUAUCUAUCGCUAGCGAUGUUGUCACACCAAGUGGUACCGGCGAAUCCAUCUCGGGAUGGGUUAAUUACAUGCGGCCCUACGAAGAUGAUAAGCAGCAUGAACUUAUCCUCGAAAUCGGUGGCGAGAAUACAAAGUUGCAUCUAAACAUUAUGAGAGCAGAAUUCUUCGGUCAGAUCAAAGUCCGCGUAGCAAGGCUCUUCGAAGUAAUCGCGACAAAACUUAACCUCCCACCAACAACCCAACCCCUGGGACUAUUAAUGGCGUCAGGCGGGGCUAGUAGCCAGCCAGCGACACCGGGAAAUACCCCCUUGAGCGAGGAUCUCGUUCGAGUAGUAUUCGAACCUGAGGCGCAUGUAAUCCUCGACGGUAGAACAUACAACUUUCCAGACAGCGACGAAAUAGCCACCGCCAUGUCGACAUCAUCGUCAAUGGGCCAGGGGGGCGAACAGGACUCGCCCCUUUCUAGUAUCGGCGGAUUUUACGGACCUGCCAGGAAGAGGAGGCGAUUAGACUUAUCAAGUCAUGCAGCGGAUGAGUGGAUAGUCCGCACGGGACAGUGGAGGCUUCGGAUACAGGGCUCGAGGAACGGGAAGAGCGCGAUCGAGUGCGUGCUCGUAGCCGUUAAGAUCGAUGCCUAUAGCACCGAGCAAGCGAGAAAUGCCCAACGAGGAUUUUUAAGGGGUUAAUAAUACGACGUCCCCAAGUAUUAGUGCACUUUGCGAUGGAUCUCUCGCUGUUCGCCGGGUCUACGCUAUACCAACUGUUAUCAUAUUUAUGUACCUAUACGACGAUAAUUAUAAAGCUAUUAACUUCGUAGGUGGUUCCUAGAAACUUAUUGAACAAUAGUCAUAUGAAGAAUAAGAAAGGUUCAGGAGAGCAGUGCAUCGUAAGUAAUUAGUACCCUGUAUCCAUUCAGGUAUCCAAUACCUUAC